AUGGUGGCCAAGUCUUCUAGUGAUUACAAGGAGUUGGUCGACGGAACCAAGUACCCUAACCCAUGCCCCACCCUACCCACCCCUCCCAAGACCCCACUACCUACAUCUCCCGUGUUGCCGAAGCGGGGUAUGGGUAGGGUCUGGAUAAUAUACGGAAGUGAUUGUGUGACUACCCGAAGAUAUUCCGGCAACAGAUCGCUGAUUGGUCGCAACUCAGUCACUCCAUUAUACUCUUACAGGUUGACACAGUAUGACUCGAUUAUCUGCAUCAGGCUUGAUGCAGACUUCGAUCAAGUUCGUGGAAAUAUUUGCCUCGAACUCGGUGGCAACUCUGGUAUUACGGUAAUCGUUACAGACAAUGGUCGGAGGGUCGAGUCUGAGAGUUGGAACGUUGCCGCCACGGAUCAAAUAACACAAGGCGCUGUUGGUGAUUCCAACAUUGAGCAGGGAGAAGACGUUGGUCUCAUUGAAAUCGCCAGUCAAUUGUGGACGGAUGCGGUUAGGCAGAAUUCCCUGCGUGAUGACACUUCUUCAAAGACUUGUGUUUUACUUGGGCUGGUUCAGUUUGCUUCGGUGGAUGGUUUUGUCUAUCGUAAGAUCUUCAGCACUUCUGAGAUAUUACAGUUAAUCUCGUGUCUCUUCUAG